AUGGGUUUCAUCAAUAAUGGCCAUACUUCGAGUGAUGGCUAUACCUUCAUCAAAGCUGCAUCCAAGGCCUACGCUGAACAGGAGGAUCAGAAGCGGAAGCAGAGGGAAGGUAUCCAACCUGCUUCCCAAAGGCUCCGACAAGCUUCCCAGCAACAGUUCUAUCUUGAAAACAAGCGGCGAAUGGGCUAUAAGGAUACUAGCAAAAUAAACGAUCCUUAUACCCACCCGCCGGACCUUCCACACGAGCCUCGCUCACCCCAUGACAGCAAUGUGAACAAGUCUAAGCCACAAGCACAAUCAAAAUCGACCUACGAGCCGUCAAUGCGUCGUACAACUACUAAGACCAUGGAUGACCCUCCGCCAUACGAUCCUUCACCAAAGACACAAUCCCAGUCGAUCCACCAGCCGUCAAUGGGCCGUACAAGUACAAGGACCAUGGAGGAUCCUCCUCCAUACGAUCAGAGCCACCCUUACGAAAUGCAGGUGAUUGAUAAGGCUGGAUCAGAUCAGGAACAUUCCCAGCUGAAAUAG